UUGGAUAAGAAGGAAGAGACAGACGGUGAUGUCGAAGUUACCUGGGUCGAUCAAGAACGAAUUAAUGAAUUCAGUAGAUACAAUGCUAAAAUUGAUGAUCUCGAGGAGCAAUAUGAAAAACUCAAGCAAGAAAAGGAAUAUUUAGAUGAUGUAGCGAUGGAACUUGAAUUAGUAGAUGAAGAUGAAGCAGUACGAUAUAAAGUGGGUGAUGCUUUUAUUCAUGUUAGUGCAUCUGAAGCUAUAGAAAAAGUUGAAAAGGAUUCUGAAAAGUUAGGCUCAGCAAUUGAAGAU